UUUAAUUGCAGUGGAAGAAGUACGUGCGAGGGCAACGUCACUGAGAACGCAGUACUCCAAGCUUCUGAAAAGCAAACCAAGUGGUAGUGGAGAUACAGCUUUAACCAGCAAACAGAAGUGGAUGCUGAAGUCCUUAUUUUUUUUAAAAGCACAUGUCGUCCAGCGUGCUACAGAGACCAGUCUUCACAUGUCAGUGAAAGACAGCCUGGCUGUGGAGGAGAUCCACUCUGAGGCAGAAGAAGGUGCGUCAGAGGUGUCAGAGCUGCCAGAAGAUCUGGAGCCAGUUGCCUCUUCUGGAACAACACCACCACAUGCCUGUACUCCUGAGCCUCCAAAUCUGGCCAAGAAACGCAAAAAAGUCCAGUCACCUGAUGAAAUCGAAAUUCAAAAAGUCAACAUCCUCCAGCAAAUGUCUAAAGUCAUAGCGGAAAAUAGAAACAGGCCAGUGCAGACAGACAGCGACACCACUUUUGGUGUACAGGUUGCAGCGGAGCUAAGGAGUAUUAACAACCCAAUACUAAAAACAAGGGUGAAGCGCCAGAUAAUGGCAGCUCUAUAUGAGGCUCAGGAGUCUGAACUCAGCAUGUCCUCUCCAACAUACAGAAGGCCACAUCCCUAUCACCCACCCUCAACUGGCCAGAUCCCCCCUCCACAACUCCCCUCUCCUCUCACAUACACAGACACAAAUUUUCAGCCAUACACCAGCUAUCGGAGGAUGCUGGAUGAAGACACAUAAACUAUGUAUGAUGUUUAAUGUAUUUCUUUUUGUUGUAUUUUAAUGAUUGUCCUAUAGCUUAUAUUUGUUAUUCUCUAAUGUUUGUACCUAUUGAAAAUAAACUACAUGUACAUUUAUAAUGCAAAGAUACUAUAUGAGUCCAUUUGUGGUGACUACCAAAAAAGAAACUUUGAUUAGUUACCUGAUGGUGGC